CCCACCCGGCCUGCGCCCUCCGCGGCCCGGCCCGCGCUCCUGCGCUCGCUCCUCGCUGGCUCGUCUGCUCGCUGCCGCCGGCUCGACCCCCGUCCGGGCCGCGUCGCGCCGCCCGCGCUCAGGGCUGUUUCCGCGAGCAGGUGAAGAUGGCCGAGAACUUGCUGGACGGACCGCCCAACCCCAAACGAGCCAAACUCAGCUCCCCCGGCUUCUCCGCGAAUGACAGCACAGAUUUCGGAUCAUUGUUUGACUUGGAAAAUGAUCUUCCUGAUGAGCUGAUCCCUAAUGGAGAAUUAAGCCUUUUAAACAGUGGGAGCCUUGUUCCAGAUGCUGCAUCCAAACAUAAACAACUGUCGGAGCUUCUUAGAGGAGGCAGUGGCUCUAACAUCAACCCAGGGAUAGGAAAUGUGAGUGCCAGCAGCCCUGUGCAACAGGGCCUUGGUGGCCAGCAGGCUCAUGGGCAGCCGAACAGUACAAACAUGGCCAGCCUCGGUGCCAUGGGCAAGAGCCCUCUGAACCAGGGAGACUCAUCAACCCCUAGCCUGCCCAAACAGGCAGCCAGCACCUCUGGGCCCACCCCCCCAGCCUCCCAAGCACUGAAUCCACAAGCACAAAAGCAAGUGGGGCUGGUGACCAGUAGCCCUGCCACAUCACAGACUGGACCAGGGAUCUGCAUGAAUGCUAACUUCAACCAGACCCACCCAGGCCUUCUUAAUAGUAACUCUGGCCAUAGCUUAAUGAAUCAGGCUCAGCAAGGGCAGGCUCAAGUCAUGAAUGGAUCUCUUGGGGCUGCUGGAAGAGGAAGGGGAGCUGGAAUGCCCUACCCUGCUCCAGCUAUGCAGGGAGCCACAAGCAGUGUGCUGGCUGAGACCUUGACACAGGUUUCCCCACAAAUGGCUAGCCAUGCUGGACUGAACACGGCACAGACAGGAGGCAUGACCAAGAUGGGAAUGACUGGUAACACAAGUCCAUUUGGACAACCCUUUAGUCAAACUGGAGGACAGCAGAUGGGAGCCACUGGUGUAAAUCCCCAGUUAUCCAGUAAACAGAGCAUGGUCAAUAGUUUGCCUGCUUUUCCUACAGAUAUCAAGAAUACGUCAGUCACCAAUGUGCCAAAUAUGUCCCAGUUGCAAACAUCAGUGGGAAUUGUACCCACACAAGCAAUUGCAACAGGCCCCACAGCAGACCCUGAAAAGCGCAAACUGAUACAGCAGCAGCUGGUUCUACUGCUUCAUGCCCACAAAUGUCAGAGACGAGAGCAAGCUAAUGGAGAAGUGCGGGCCUGCUCUCUCCCACACUGUCGAACCAUGAAAAAUGUUUUGAAUCACAUGACACAUUGUCAGGCUGGGAAAGCCUGUCAAGUUGCCCAUUGUGCAUCUUCACGACAAAUCAUCUCUCAUUGGAAGAACUGCACACGACAUGACUGUCCUGUUUGCCUCCCUUUGAAAAAUGCCAGUGACAAGCGAAACCAACAAACCAUCCUGGGAUCUCCAGCUAGUGGAAUUCAAAACACAAUUGGUUCUGUUGGCGCAGGGCAACAGAAUGCCACUUCUUUAAGUAACCCAAAUCCUAUAGACCCCAGUUCCAUGCAGCGGGCCUAUGCUGCUCUAGGACUCCCCUACAUGAACCAGCCCCAGACACAGCUGCAGCCUCAGGUUCCUGGCCAGCAACCAGCGCAGCCUCCAGCCCACCAGCAGAUGAGGACUCUCAAUGCUCUAGGAAACAACCCAAUGAGUAUUCCAGCAGGAGGAAUAACAACAGAUCAGCAACCACCAAACUUGAUUUCAGAAUCAGCUCUUCCAACAUCCCUGGGGGCCACCAAUCCAUUGAUGAAUGAUGGCUCAAACUCUGGUAACAUUGGAAGCCUUAGCACGAUACCUACUGCAGCACCUCCUUCCAGCACUGGUGUUCGAAAAGGCUGGCAUGAACAUGUGACUCAGGACCUGCGGAGCCAUCUAGUGCAUAAACUUGUCCAAGCCAUCUUCCCAACUCCUGACCCUGCAGCUCUGAAGGAUCGCCGCAUGGAGAACCUGGUUGCCUAUGCUAAGAAAGUGGAGGGGGACAUGUAUGAGUCUGCUAACAGCAGGGAUGAGUACUAUCAUUUAUUAGCAGAGAAAAUCUAUAAAAUACAAAAAGAACUAGAAGAAAAACGGAGGUCACGUUUACAUAAGCAAGGCAUCUUGGGUAACCAGCCAGCUUUGCCAGCUCCUGGGGCUCAGCCUCCUGUGAUCCCACCAACCCAGUCUGUGAGACCUCCAAAUGGGCCCCUGCCUCUACCUGUGAAUCGCAUGCAAGUUUCUCAAGGGAUGAAUUCAUUUAAUCCAAUGACUCUGGGAAAUGUCCAGUUACCACAAGCUCCAAUGGGACCUCGUGCAGCCUCCCCCAUGAAUCACUCUGUCCAGAUGAACAGCAUGGCCUCAGUCCCAGGUAUGGCCAUUUCUCCUUCCCGAAUGCCUCAGCCUCCGAACAUGAUGAGCACCCAUGCCAACAACAUGAUGGCCCAGGCGCCCACUCAGAACCAGUUUCUGCCACAGAAUCAGUUCCCAUCAUCCAGUGGGGCAAUGAGUGUGAACAGUGUCAGUAUGGGCCAGCCAGCAGCCCAGACAAGCGUUUCACAGGGCCAGGUGCCUGGUGGUGCUCUUUCUAACCCUCUGAACAUGCUGGCACCCCAGGCCAGCCAGCUGCCCUGCCCACCAGUGACACAAUCACCGUUGCACCCAACUCCACCUCCUGCUUCCACAGCUGCUGGCAUGCCCUCUCUCCAACACCCAACACCACCUGGGAUGACACCUCCCCAGCCAGCAGCUCCCACUCAGCCAUCCACGCCUGUGUCAUCUGGGCAGACCCCUACCCCAACGCCUGGCUCAGUGCCCAGUGCUGCCCAAACACAGAGUACCCCUACGGUCCAGGCAGCAGCACAAGCUCAGGUGACUCCACAGCCUCAAACCCCAGUGCAGCCACCAUCUGUGGCUACCCCCCAGUCAUCACAGCAACAGCCAACACCUGUGCACACUCAGCCUCCUGGCACGCCGCUUUCUCAGGCCACAGCCAGCAUUGAUAAUAGGGUCCCCACUCCCUCCUCUGUGACCAGUGCUGAAACCAGUUCCCAGCAGCCAGGACCUGAUGUACCCUUGCUGGAAAUGAAGACAGAAGUCCAGACAGAUGAUGCUGAACCCGAUCCUGGUGAAUCCAAAGGGGAACCUCGGUCUGAGAUGAUGGAAGAGGAUUUACAAGGGUCUUCCCAAGUAAAAGAAGAAACAGACACAGCAGAGCAGAAGUCAGAACCAAUGGAAGUUGAAGAAAAGAAACCUGAAGUAAAAGUGGAAGCUAAAGAGGAAGAAGAGAGCAGUGCUAAUGGCCCAGCCUCACAGUCAACAUCCCCUUCCCAGCCACGCAAAAAAAUCUUUAAGCCGGAGGAGCUACGCCAGGCACUCAUGCCAACUCUAGAAGCACUCUACAGACAGGACCCAGAGUCUUUACCUUUUCGGCAACCUGUAGAUCCCCAGCUCCUAGGAAUCCCAGAUUAUUUUGAUAUUGUAAAGAAUCCUAUGGACCUUUCUACCAUCAAACGGAAGCUGGAUACAGGACAGUACCAAGAACCUUGGCAGUAUGUGGAUGAUGUCUGGCUUAUGUUCAACAAUGCUUGGCUAUAUAAUCGAAAGACAUCCCGGGUGUAUAAAUUUUGCAGUAAACUCGCAGAGGUCUUUGAGCAAGAAAUUGAUCCUGUUAUGCAGUCUCUUGGAUAUUGCUGUGGACGAAAGUAUGAGUUUUCCCCACAGACUUUGUGCUGUUAUGGGAAGCAACUGUGUACAAUUCCUCGUGAUGCAGCCUACUACAGCUAUCAGAAUAGGUAUCAUUUCUGUGAGAAGUGUUUCACAGAGAUCCAGGGCGAGAAUGUGACCCUGGGUGACGACCCUUCCCAACCUCAGACGACAAUUUCCAAGGAUCAGUUUGAAAAGAAGAAAAAUGAUACCUUAGAUCCUGAACCUUUUGUUGACUGCAAAGAGUGUGGCCGGAAGAUGCAUCAGAUUUGCGUUCUACACUAUGACAUCAUUUGGCCUUCAGGUUUUGUGUGCGACAACUGCUUGAAGAAAACUGGCAGACCUCGGAAAGAAAACAAAUUCAGUGCUAAGAGGCUUCAGACCACACGAUUGGGAAACCACUUAGAAGACCGAGUGAACAAGUUUCUGCGGCGCCAGAAUCACCCUGAAGCUGGGGAGGUUUUUGUCAGAGUGGUGGCCAGCUCAGACAAGACUGUGGAGGUCAAGCCAGGGAUGAAGUCAAGGUUUGUGGAUUCUGGAGAAAUGUCAGAAUCUUUCCCAUAUCGAACCAAAGCACUCUUUGCUUUCGAGGAGAUUGACGGAGUCGAUGUAUGUUUUUUUGGGAUGCAUGUGCAAGAGUAUGGCUCUGAUUGCCCCCCACCAAAUACAAGGCGUGUGUACAUAUCAUAUCUGGACAGUAUUCAUUUCUUCCGGCCCCGCUGCCUCCGGACAGCUGUUUACCAUGAGAUCCUCAUUGGAUAUCUAGAGUAUGUGAAGAAAUUGGGGUAUGUGACAGGACACAUCUGGGCCUGUCCCCCAAGUGAAGGAGAUGACUACAUUUUUCAUUGCCACCCCCCUGAUCAGAAAAUCCCCAAACCCAAACGACUACAGGAGUGGUACAAGAAGAUGUUGGACAAGGCAUUUGCAGAGAGGAUCAUUAAUGACUAUAAGGACAUCUUCAAACAAGCAAAUGAAGACAGGCUCACGAGUGCCAAGGAAUUGCCCUAUUUUGAGGGAGAUUUCUGGCCUAAUGUGUUGGAAGAAAGCAUCAAGGAACUAGAACAAGAAGAAGAAGAGAGGAAAAAAGAAGAAAGUACUGCUGCUAGUGAAACCCCUGAGGGUAGUCAAGGUGACAGCAAGAAUGCCAAGAAAAAGAACAAUAAGAAGACCAACAAAAACAAAAGCAGCAUUAGCCGCGCCAACAAGAAGAAGCCCAGCAUGCCCAAUGUGUCCAACGACCUGUCCCAGAAGCUGUAUGCCACCAUGGAGAAACAUAAGGAGGUCUUCUUUGUGAUUCAUCUGCAUGCUGGGCCUGUUAUCAGCACUCAACCCCCCAUUGUGGACCCUGACCCCCUGCUCAGCUGUGACCUCAUGGAUGGUCGUGAUGCCUUUCUCACCCUGGCCAGAGACAAGCACUGGGAGUUCUCUUCCUUACGCCGCUCCAAAUGGUCCACUCUGUGCAUGCUGGUUGAACUGCACACACAGGGCCAGGACCGCUUUGUCUACACCUGCAACGAGUGCAAACACCAUGUAGAGACACGCUGGCACUGCACUGUAUGUGAGGACUACGACCUUUGUAUCAAUUGCUACAACACAAAGAGCCACACCCAUAAAAUGGUGAAGUGGGGCCUGGGCCUAGACGAUGAGGGCAGCAGUCAAGGUGAGCCACAGUCCAAGAGCCCCCAGGAGUCCCGGCGUCUCAGCAUCCAACGCUGCAUCCAGUCCCUGGUUCAUGCAUGCCAGUGUCGCAAUGCCAACUGCUCUCUACCAUCUUGCCAGAAGAUGAAACGAGUAGUGCAGCACACCAAGGGUUGUAAGCGCAAGACUAAUGGAGGAUGCCCCGUAUGCAAGCAGCUCAUUGCUCUUUGCUGCUACCACGCCAAACACUGCCAAGAAAAUAAAUGCCCUGUGCCCUUCUGCCUCAACAUCAAACACAAGCUCCGCCAGCAGCAGAUCCAGCAUCGCCUGCAGCAGGCCCAGCUCAUGCGCCGGCGAAUGGCCACCAUGAACACCCGCAAUGUGCCUCAGCAGAGUUUGCCUUCUCCUACCUCAGCACCACCUGGGACCCCCACACAGCAGCCCAGCACACCCCAAACACCACAGCCCCCUGCCCAGCCUCAGCCUUCACCAGCUGGCUUCCCUAAUGUAGCCCGGACUCAGCCCCCCACAAUAGUGUCUGCUGGGAAGCCUACCAACCAGGUGCCAGCUCCCCCACCUCCUGCCCAGCCCCCACCUGCGGCAGUAGAAGCAGCAAGGCAAAUUGAACGUGAAGCCCAGCAGCAGCAGCACCUGUACCGAGCAAAUAUCAACAAUGGCAUGCCCCCAGGGCGUGCAGGUAUGGGAACCCCAGGGAGCCAGAUGGCCCCUGUGGGACUGAAUGUGCCCCGUCCCAACCAAGUCAGUGGGCCUGUCAUGUCUAGCAUGCCACCUGGGCAGUGGCAGCAGGCACCCAUCCCUCAGCAGCAGCCGAUGCCAGGCAUGCCCAGGCCUGUAAUGUCUAUGCAGGCCCAGGCAGCCGUGGCUGGGCCACGGAUGCCCAAUGUCCAGCCACCAAGGAGCAUCUCGCCAAGUGCCCUGCAAGACCUGCUUCGGACCCUGAAGUCACCCAGCUCCCCUCAGCAGCAGCAGCAGGUGCUGAACAUCCUCAAAUCCAACCCACAGCUAAUGGCAGCUUUCAUUAAACAGCGCACAGCCAAGUAUGUGGCCAACCAGCCUGGCAUGCAACCCCAGCCUGGACUUCAGUCCCAGCCUGGUAUGCAGCCCCAGCCCGGUAUGCACCAGCAGCCCAGCCUGCAGAACCUGAAUGCAAUGCAAGCUGGUGUGCCACGGCCUGGUGUGCCCCCACAGCAACAGACAAUGGGAGGCCUGAACCCCCAGGGACAGGCUCUGAACAUCAUGAACCCUGGACACAACCCCAACAUGGCAAACAUGAAUCCACAAUACCGAGAAAUGGUUAGGAGACAGCUGCUACAGCACCAACAGCAGCAGCAGCAACAACAGCAACAACAACAGCAACAACAAAGCAGUGCCAGCAUGGCUGGGGGCAUGGCGGGACAUGGCCAAUUCCAGCAGCCACAAGGACCUGGAGGCUACGCCCCAGCCAUGCAGCAGCAGCGUAUGCAACAGCACCUCCCCAUCCAGGGUAGCUCCAUGGGCCAGAUGGCUGCUCCAAUGGGACAACUGGGCCAAAUGGGGCAGCCUGGGCUGGGGGCAGACAGCACCCCCAACAUUCAGCAGGCCCUGCAGCAGCGGAUUCUGCAGCAGCAGCAGAUGAAGCAGCAGAUUGGGUCCCCAGGCCAGCCGAACCCCAUGAGCCCCCAGCAGCACAUGCUCUCAGGACAGCCACAGGCCUCGCAUCUCCCCGGCCAGCAGAUCGCCACUUCCCUUAGUAACCAGGUGCGGUCUCCAGCCCCUGUCCAGUCUCCUCGGCCCCAAUCCCAGCCUCCACAUUCCAGCCCAUCACCACGGAUACAGCCCCAGCCUUCACCACACCAUGUCUCCCCCCAGACUGGUUCCCCCCACCCCGGACUCGCAGUCACCAUGGCCAGCUCCAUGGAUCAGGGACACCUGGGGAACCCUGAACAGAGUGCAAUGCUCCCCCAGCUGAAUACCCCCAACAGGAGCGCACUGUCCAGUGAACUGUCCCUGGUUGGUGAUACCACGGGAGACACACUAGAAAAAUUUGUGGAGGGUUUGUAGCAUUAUGAGAGCAUUGGGUGUUUGGUUUAUUGUUUUGGGAAUUUUAUUUUAUUAUUUUUGGGGGUUUUUUUGUUUUUGGUUUUUUUUUGUUUUG